CUUGAUACUUUACUUCGUCUUUGAUGGUGGAUGCUGGGUUUACAGUCAACACAUUAGCCACAUGCACUGUAGCAUCAUCUGUUCUGUACUCAUUCAUUCUCAUACUCUCAAUGAUGACAACCGAAUAGCGGAACUUGUAUAAACUGCCUGUCCUCCGUUGCCAAGUGACAAGCUAGGUGAGGUAAGGUGAAUGAGAAGCUAACGCUUGGCUAGCCGCCCGCUAAUGCGGCUAUUAGUGUGUAUGAAACCAGGCAAUGUCCACCAUGGUGUAUCCACGUGAAGAAGCUCUGGAGCGACUCAGUCAGGAUGAGAUCGUGCUCAACACCAAGGCCGUCAUGCAGGGCCUGGAGACGCUGCGCGGGGAACACGCCCAGCUCCUCAACUCCCUGCUGGACUGCACGCAGCCGCCUGUCGCCCAGGAGAAGUCUGGACUGCUGCGCAAGAGCCUGGAGGCCAUCGAGCUCGGCCUGGGGGAGGCCCAGGUCAUCGUCGCCCUGUCCGGCCACCUGAGCGCCGUGGAGUCGGAGAAGCAGAAGCUGCGCGCUCAGGUGCGCCGGCUCUGCCAGGAGAACCAGUGGCUGCGGGACGAGCUGGCGGGAACGCAGCAGAAGCUGCAGCGCAGCGAGCAGUGCGUCGCCCAGCUGGAGGAGGAGAAAAAGCACCUGGAGUUCAUGAAUCAGAUCAAGAAGUUUGACGACGACGUCUCGCCCUCAGAGGAGAAGAACCAGAGCUCUGGGGGAGGGGGGGGCAGCGGGGGUGGGGGGGAUUCCUCAAAGGACAGUCUGGACGACCUGUUCCCCAAUGAUGACGACCAGGGGCCAGCGCAGCCCAGUGGAGAGGCGGCCGCUCAGCAGGGAGGCUACGAGAUCCCCGCCCGCCUCAGGACGCUGCACAACCUGGUGAUCCAGUACGCCUCCCAGGGCCGCUACGAGGUAGCUGUGCCGCUGUGCAAGCAAGCCCUGGAGGACCUGGAGAAGACGUCUGGACACGACCACCCCGACGUGGCCACCAUGCUCAACAUCCUGGCCUUGGUUUACAGGGAUCAAAACAAAUACAAAGAAGCAGCUCACCUCCUGAAUGAUGCGCUGGCCAUCCGGGAGAAGACUCUGGGGAAGGACCACCCAGCUGUGGCCGCAACCCUCAACAACCUGGCUGUGCUGUACGGGAAGAGGGGCAAGUACAAGGAGGCUGAGCCGCUCUGCAAGAGAGCGCUGGAGAUCAGGGAAAAGGUGCUGGGGAAGUACCACCCAGACGUGGCCAAGCAGCUGAACAACCUGGCCCUGCUGUGUCAGAACCAGGGCAAGUACGACGAGGUGGAGUACUACUACACACGAGCCCUGGAAAUCUACGAGUCCAAACUGGGAGCUGACGACCCCAACGUGGCCAAGACCAAAAAUAAUCUGGCUACGUGCUACCUGAAGCAGGGGAAGUUCAAAGACGCAGAGGCUUUGUACAAAGAAAUUCUGACCAGGGCUCAUGAGAAAGAGUUCGGCUCCGUCAACAAUGACAACAAGCCCAUCUGGAUGCACGCAGAGGAGCGGGAGGAGAGUAAGGACAAACGCAAGGACUCCGGCCCAUAUGUGGAGUACGGGAGCUGGUAUAAGGCCUGCAAGGUGGACAGCCCUACAGUGAACACAACCCUCAAAAGCCUGGGAGCGUUGUACCGUCGCCAGGGCAAACUGGAGGCAGCAGAAACGCUGGAGGAGUGUGCCAGCAAAUCACGCAAACAGGGUAUCGAUGCCAUCAACCAGAGUAAGGUGGUGGAGCUACUGAAGGACGGAGCAGGAGGAGGGAGUGACCGACGACACAGCAGGGAAGGAAUCAAUGGACCAGGGGGACAACGUGGGGACGAGGGUGAAGACUCUGCCGAGUGGAACGGGGACGGUAAUGGGUCUCUGCGUCGCAGCGGCUCCUUUGGGAAAAUCCGAGAUGCUCUGAGAAGGAGCAGUGAGAUGCUGGUGAAGAAGCUGCAGGGAAGUGGCCCCCAGGAGCCUCGCAACCCGGGAUUGAAGAGAGCAAGUUCGCUCAAUUUCCUCAACAAAAGCACUGAGGAGACCACACAGGACGCCAACUCCGGACUGUCGGACUGCAGGGGACUCAGCGCCAGCAACGUGGACAUAUCCAGACGCAGCUCCCUGAUUGGCUAGGCAGAGACUGGAGGCGAGGAGCGGCUCGACUGGUCGGACAAACGCACCUGAAGCUCAAAGCAGAGAUCAAGCACUUGUACCUGCAACAUUUUCUUUUCUUUUGAGGAACAACACUAAGAAGCGUCUUCACACUAGAUGUCAUCCUGUAACUGUAGGACACAGUCACUGCUGCUGCUUUGCUGUACAAACUGCUGCCGGCGGUUACAUUCAUUUAUCAGCAUGUUGUGUACUAGAAAAUGGAAUGUCUGCAGCUAAGCGCCUCGUGUUUUUGUCUCGUAGCAACACACUGGACCUCACAGAGGCUAAAUAUACUAGACUAUAACGUUAGAACUAAAAGGUUAGCCCUAACCAUUUAAACCUCACGUUUUGCCUUUAUGAGUUUUUUGUAUAUAGUUUUAAAUUAUUUGGUAUUUUGUUCUUUGUAUAUAGUGCACAGUGAUUUUGUUUUUUAGUUGGUUUGUUUACACAUUGGGUUAAAGAUGUCAGGUGAGAAACUACUGCGAAAAGAAGGAAGGAUAAAAGGAAAAGAUGAAGCAGGAACUUAUGAGUACCUCAGUCAUUGACAGUAGUACCAGGACUGACAUCCAGCUGAUAACACUGCAUCACAGUGCUGUGUAAUGUUACUGCUCACACGUCAGAGCUGCUACUGAUCGGGUUUUAGUUUUUUUUUCCCUUUUUCUCUUUUCUUAAUCCUAUAAUAAUCAAAUAUAACACAGCCAGAGACAUUAUUUUAAAUACAUUUACAAAUAAACCUCUAUCACUUCUAAACCCUCACCUGGCACUACAGAAGCUUUAAACCAACACUAGGAUCAUUUGCUUUUAUUUCAUCUGUUCUGCCGAUAAUCAUUUGUUUGGUUCAUUUCAGUUUGUACAAUCAUUU